CCUAGCGGUACGUUAUGCAUGCAGUGCACGUAUACGUGACGUACGGUGGCUGGGUCGGCCUUGAAUGCGUUAGAUUCGUACUACAUCACACAUGUAUUUGUUUGCAUGUUUGAAAGAAAUUGAAUGUAGUAACACUUUCUAUGGGACGUAAACGACUUUUUUUGCGGUCUUUUCGUAUUUUGAAUUGAAAGGUAAGACUGUCUUUCUCGACAUGCACAGGAUGACGACAGAGUGAAGAUCAGUUUUCAACCAGCCAUGCCAGUUCUGGUACUUCAACCACCUUCUCUUCCUCCACUCCAAACCUACAUUGCCUUAAGCUGCCUUAGUCUAGCCUGGUGCUUCUUAUAUGCCAGAGACACCUUAGAGACAGUAGAAACUGCUGGACUGACCAAUCCUACACCAGAUACAGAUAAUGGAGGCCAAGGGAUUUCUGGCGAUAGAGAGACAGGUGGAUGGUCAGGAGGAAUAAAUGAAAGUCAAGGCUCCCGUUAUCUGUUUGGAAUUCAAGAACAUGACAGUGAGAUUGUGAAACUGUGUCGAAUCAUGAUGGCAGAUGUCUGGUCAGUGCUGUCUCUAAUCAACUUGGCCUUCUGUUUCCUCAUACUCUUGGGUCGCCUUCUGCAACACGUUGUGUUUGGACAACUCAGAGCCGGAGAGAGACAACACAUGCGCGACAAACUGUGGAAGUUCAUCUUCUAUAAGUUCAUCAUCAUCUUUGGCGUGUUGAACGUGCAAACAUUGGAAGAGAUGGUGAUGUGGAUGGCUUGGUUUGGCACCCUCGCUUUCCUGCACACACUUUCCAGUCUCUGUAAAGACCGCUUUGAAUAUCUAUCCUUUUCCCCAUCAUCUCUGAGUUGGGCCCAUGGUAAGGUCUUACUUCUAUUGGUGGCUAUUGUGGGCCUCUGCAAGGGGUUGAUACUACUAAGUUGCUACAUGGGAGCCAUACAAGACUGGAAUGUUUUCUUCUUUACAGUGUCUGAGGUCAUUCUCCUGGAGUUAAGGACCAUAUAUGUCCUGAUCAGGUACUGGAUCCAUUUUUAUGAUCUGCGUCAUGAAGGAGUGUGGGAGAGACGAGGAAGUAUCAUGUACUACUCAGAUCUCGUCAUUGAGCUCCUUGCACUCAGUGUGGAUUUUGUACAUCACUUCCACAUGCUGCUGUGGGGUAAUGUGUUCCUUAGCAUGGCUAGUCUGGUGAUUUGCAUGGAGCUUCGAUAUCUGUAUAAUGAGAUACAACGACGUGUUAAACGUCAUCGCAACUAUAGACGAGUUGUGCAAAACAUGCAGGCUAACUUCCCCUUAGCCACAGAGGCUGAGUUAUUGGAGAAUAACGAUGACUGUGCCAUUUGUUGGGAAGAGAUGAAAUCAGCUCGUAAGCUGCCGUGUAACCAUUUCUUCCACAACGCCUGUUUGCGAUCCUGGCUGGAGCAUGAAACAUCCUGUCCAACCUGUCGAUAUGCCCUCAACAUCAGAAACAAUGAGGCAGCUCGUCACACCCCUGCACCCCAAGAUCCAAGAAUGGGUGCAGGUUUGAUGGAAGGAGACACUGUAGAAGGACAAGCUCAACCUGUCAGGCCUAGAAGGGGAAGGGGACACUUCUUCCACUUUGAUGGUUCUCGGAUUGCUAGCUGGAUUCCAAGUUUCUCUGUGGAAGUCUCCCAUCGACAUCUCGUGCAGCGCAGAGACAUGAUUCAUACAUCCCAACUCAAUAACAUGGCAACUCAAGUACAGCAGAUGUUCCCCAACUAUCCUGUACCUGUCCUGAUUGAAGACUUGAGAGUGACACGGUCUAUGGAGGUCACAGUAGAUAACAUCUUGGAGGGUAGAUUGGUUGCACCACCUGAGUCCGGAGGCACAGACAACCCACCAACACCCACCCCCUCUACUGGGCAAACCCCUCCCCCUUCUGCAGACCCCUCACCUAGCAAUGACCUAGACACCACACCUGCAAUGUAUGACGUACCUGCAACAACUAUAACAGAGAGUGUACGACAACUUGGGCUGACAGCUAGAGGGAUGGAAAGGGUUUGGCAGGGGGGUGGGGAUUCCAAUUACCAGCAAAGUAGGGGGAUGUUAUCUGAAGACAGAGAUGCAGGGAGGGAAACAGAAUUGGAUGCGUCUACCAGUGUUGCAGAGGACAACAGACCCUCAGCUUUGGGUGAUGGGCCUCAAGCUUUACCAGCAAGAUUCUCCAAAUCAUCAGCAGAAAGGGAAAAUAGUCUCAAACAGAGAAAGGAGCUGCUACUUCAGCAGGCUAGGAAGCGAUUCCAAAAUCGUCAGGCACAUUCCCAGAAUGCAACUGCCACCACCACCAGUGCUUCCAUGGCAGCAGCCACCCAAUCAUCUCCCGGCUCAGGUACCACAUGGUCACAGUCAGCCAACCAGAACCCAUCAUCUAGGGAUAGUUUUGGAGCGCCCUCAAGUGAGGAGGAAGAGAGAACCAGAAGAAGAGCUGUAGCAUAUGAGGCAGCAAUACGGAGAAUGGCACAGCAACAGUAAAAAAUAUAACAAUUAUAUCAUUGCACGUUUAUCGAUACGUCAUUUGAUUGAGAUUGUUGCUUUUACAUUUCAACGGAGCUUCUCUUACAUUUAUCAUGGGUUUUGGAAUUCUUUCAUUUUUUGUUUAAUUUAAGCUUUGUGUUUUGCAUGCAUUUGAGGUAAUGAUAUAUAAGAGGUGAAAAGUACUUCAAAGAUUUUUGCAAAAAUUGAAACAAGGUAGGCUGAUAAGUAAAAAAAGUACAAAUAUAACCAUGGCAACAGGAGAGCACUAAAACAGAUAAUUUGAUUGUUCUUAAUAUGAGCAAUUACAAGCCACAUACAACAGAAUUUGAACGUGCAGCUUGGCCAAUAAGAGCGUAGUGUUAUGUGCUACAUACAUUCAGUAUCAUAGAAACUCAACGCUGUCUUUACAUUGUCAUUUAAAGAGAGUUUUCAUAUUUCAUUUCAUGUAAAAACCUGUGUACUAUAGCCUCAUAUAAUGCCUAAAAAGUGCUCUAUUGUGUAUCUCUUGAAGGUGCUACAAAUUGGAGAAAUGUUUGUCUAUGGCCCAAACUGAGAGCAAAUUACCUCAAAAACUAAAAGGAUGAAACUUUUUGAUAUGAAUUAUGUUGUGCCUUUUGAGAAGGAAAACUACAUGACGAAUGAUUUUUGAAUUCAUAUUUUUGUAUGCAGUGUGAGUCAUACAGUUUCUCUUGAGUUACAGAGUUGAGUUUUUCCCUAGCAACCAUGUACAUCCUCAGACCAAUUAACGUUAGGAAGCAGAAUAUGAAAUAAUUGUUUUCAAAAAAUUCGGAUUGGAUCACGUUUUACUCAUCAGAGGAUUAAAAAGUUGGAAAGUACUUGCAUAAUUACAUGGAAUGAUGAGUCAAUUGAAAGAAGUUAGGAAAUGUAACUAUUUCCAUUAAUUCCUUGAAAUAUCCCAUUUUUUCUCCAGUUUCCCCCUACUGUGUGGGGGUAAUAUUUGACAUUUUCAAACGUCCAUUUCAGCAAACUUUUACAAGAUUAAUUUUCGACUUAAAAUCCUCAUUCAGAAUGCUGGAACAUCUACUUUUGUUUUGGAUGUAAAAUGAAAUACUAUAGAUGUGAUCUUUUGUGUGCAUAUUUUGUUCUUUAAUGUCAAUUUCUUUUAUAAGAGAAAGGGAUUUUCUUAGAGGUAUAAUGUAUCAUGUGAUAAAAAAUAAUGAAAAUGUUUUGCAUUUGAUGUAAGAGAUACAUAUGUCUUUGCUACAAAAAUAUGUUUAACUUCUUUUUCUCAUGUUCAUAAUAAUUUGGAAAUGUCUGUGGCGUAAUUUAGGAUGUUUCAUUUUAUCAAAAUUUGAUGGGUAGACUCACUUUAAUAAUAUAGUGGCUAUAAGGAAAGGGUAGUACAUGUACAUAGUCCGGUGCAUCACAAAACUUAUAGAUCUUCUAUUUUUCCCAGUGCGAAUUAUUACACACAAACCAACUGGGGCCUUGUUUUGCUCGGUGUUGAUAUGUCAAAGUGUGAUGUAAACUGAUUGUCAUGUGCAGAAAUUGAACAGGGUAUUGAGACCUAUGAGCCAGGAGAACAUCCGUAAUGUUGAUGGUAUCAGCAGGGUUGCCAAGAGGACAUCCAGGACAUUUAUGGCAUCAGUGAACAGGCGAAGAGGAUACCAAUGAUGCCAAUGGCAUCAGUAAAGUGGCUGAGAGGACACCCGUGGUGUUGAUGGCAUCAACAAACUGGCCAAGUGAGAGGACAUCAAUGGUGUUGAUGGCGUCAACAAACUGGCCAAGUGAGUGGACAUCUAUGGUGUUGAUGGCAUCAACAAACUGGCCAAGUGAGAGGACAUCUAUGGUGUUGAUGGCAUCAACAAACUGGCUGAGAGG